AUGAAUGCCGCAAGAACCGCGAAAGCUUCAGCGCGUAUCGAAGGCCUCAUCAAGUGCAGCAAGAGCGAUGACGUGCUUGGCCGAUGCCAGAAUUGUGCGGACUUCGAUGUCCCGUGCACCUUUGAUCGUCCUGCGAAACGGCGGGGCGUCAAAGCCGGCACCAAGGUGCAUGCACGGGACACGCUAACUUCAAGAUCACCGGCAGGCCAAGUCCAAACGAGUCAGGUUCCACAACCGGAGAGAGCCUCGGGCUCAUCUGCUUCCAGAAGCUCAAUGUAUCCAGACACUCCUUCCCGGCCAUCUUUGACAGCAGAUCACUGGACCUCCUUCAACACGGGUUGGUCGACGACCGAGGGGUACGACGACGACGGUGCCCUCCGCAAUUCUUGGAAAGCCUUUGCAAUAUCUAGUGAUCAGCAGAUCAGGAACCUUGUCCAGGUGUAUUUUGAGAUUGUUUAUCCUAUAUUCCCUCUAUUCCACAGGCCUUCGUUUAUUGAAAGAAUCAAUAACCGAGAGCACCUCAAAAACCAAGGAUUGUUUGCCUCGACGAUGGCGGUCUGCGCAUUGGUAUCAGGACGCGCGCGCGAUGGUGCUCUAUACUCCACCCGAUGGCAUCGAGAAGAGCUUAUCGAGCCUCCCUCAGAAGCCUUCUACGCAGCGGCAAAGGACUCUCUGCCACGAGACCUGGCGCUUGCAAGGGGUUUUAAUUAUAUGCGUGCAUGUGCAAUCCUUGCAAUUGCGAGCAUUCAAAACGGACAGAUCAAGAAUAUGCAGAAGUAUUCCGGCAUGUAUCACACGUUGACGACUAUGGAGGGAUUUCAUGAUGAGAAAUUAUGGCCGAAAGAUAUAGGAACGAUUGAAAUCGAGGAGCGGCGGAGAUUAUUCUGGUCGAUCUACACCUUAGAUGUCUACUCUGCUAGUGUAUGGGGAGGCAUUAUUCGAUACCGCGAAGCCCACUCUCUGGUUCGGUACCCUAGCGAAGUGGAUGAUGAGUUCAUAACACGAAAUGGCUACAGCAUACCUCCCGUAUCAGAAGAGUCAAGUACCUUCAGCCAUAGUAGCCCCGUUGGGUCCCGGCAACCGGUAUCAUGGAUACAUGGCUGGAACUUUACGACCGAUCUAUAUCGCAUUCUCGAGCAUUUGGUAGAUGGCACACGUCGUCGUUGCUCACCUGCCAAUGGAAUCACAGAAGUCUGGUCCCUUUUCAGCCCGGCGUCCAUUUCAGAACCGGCGGUUAUGGAGCGUGUCCUUUCGAUGUAUGCUGCGCUGCCACCACAGUUCCGUGAGACGCCGCCGACAACAGGUGAUAUGAGCAAGGAUUUAUUCGGCUUCCAGUCUGCAAACAUUCAGGCCACUCUGCAGCUUCUUCGAAUGGUGCUUUUAUCCGCCGAAGAAACUGGGGUAGAUCGAAAAUGCGAUGUAGCUGGCGACUUGCUUAGCGUGUUUUCCAAAGUGCCAGUGGAGUAUUUGAAGGCGAUCAGCUCACCUCUGCUUCAUCACCUUGGUGGUAUUGGGUACAUUCUCGGUUCAGUCAUGGAGGGCAGUCUGUCAGACGCCUCGUACCAACGACUUCGCACAUUGCUCCUUAAAAUGGCAGACCUUCUCCACCGUCUGGAAACUGGCCUUCACCGUUCAGCAGGUGCGAGUCAACGCCUCCGCUCACAGGUCGAUCGAAUUGACGGCUACAUGCGCACGUCACGGCUAGUAAAUCUCUCAGUACCGCCGCCCCCUCCAAAUGGCGCUUCCGUUGUAUCGAUAAACAUCAAGCCCGAAACAAUGGUACCGCCAACGGAAUAUCACCAGGGUGAUAAUGCCCCUAUGAGCGCUGCAGCGGGUGUUGGUGAGCAAAUGAUGCAGUUCCAGCUGCCGCCCGAGCUGCUGACGGAUUGGCCGUGGCCGCUUGAUAAUUCCCACUCGGAGGGUUUCUUGCCCCUAGCAUUCGAAUAA